GGAGCGCGCCGGUGAGCGAACGCCGCGCGUGCCCGCGCCUGGCCGUCAGCCUCCGGGAGCUCGGCAGGGCGGCGCUCGAGUCCCGCUGCCUGCGGCUCGCGCCCGGGAGCGCCGCCGGCUGCCCGGGAGCCCGCCGCAUCCUUUGUGCGGCGCUCAGGCUGCGCCCGCGGGUGCUGCUUGCGGGGCGGAAUGUGGGAGCUGCGGGGGCUCUUCUCUCCAGUCUGCGGACCCAUGGACCCGACGUGGGGCACGGACUGAGCUGGGGAGGGCGAGCGGGAAAGCCGAGCUGCCCGGGGGGAACAUCAUGACUUCGGCGGCGGAGAUUAAGAAGCCACCGGUGGCCCCCAAGCCAAAGUUUGUGGUGGUAAACAAUAAACCAACACCGCCUCCCAUCGCUCCUAAACCUGAUGUUGUGGUUUCUAGUGUUCCACAGUCAACAAAGAAAACCAAACCUGCAAUAGCUCCGAAACCAAAAGUUUUGAAAAGCUCACCUGCUCGAGACAUCAGGCAGUCUCCAACAAGGAAAACCACUGUGAACCUGGAAGAGCAGAAACAGGAAUUACCUGAAAGCACCGACAAGGCCAAUUGCAAAAAUGUAGGUCAUCAGAGCAAUGAUUAUAUUUCAUCCAUGUGUUCCUGCAGUUCUGAGUGUAUCCAUAAACUUGAAAACAGAGAGCAUUUGAAUGUAAAGCAGCUAGUCCUAGAGCCACUGGAAAUGCAUGACCAUUUAGAAAACAGUAAAACUGAUGAGCCCUCUUUAGCAAUAAAAACUACGAGUAAAUGUGACUCUAGUGGUCAGAAGGUCAAGAGUCAGAGUGGAGUAAUUUUAAAGGUAGAAGAGAAGCUGAAAGAUGUAUUAACCCAACCAUCAUCACCUUUGAUUUCUCCACAGAAGCACAGAUCCACAGGCAAACCUGAAAUGAAUGAUGGCUGUCAUUCCGACAAACAACUGAGAGUUGAAUUUGUGGAUUUGUCACCAUCCCCGUCUUGCCUUGAAAAAGUUCCGGAUUAUCAGCUUUGCCACCUACAAGUUCCUCAUGAUGAAUUUCAAAACUUGGAAACAUGUCACAAGGGCAGUGAAAAAAGCAAUACUUGUAUUCACCCAUCUGAAGAAGAGGUUCUGGAAAACGGCAAGAGGAGCACUUUUUCAUCAUCAGAUGGAGUUAGUAAGAAAUCUGAAGUCAAAGACCUUGGUCCCUUAGAACUGCACUUAGUACCUUGUACCCCUAGAUUUCCAACUCCCAAGCCUAGAAAGACUCGAGCUGCUCGUCUGGUACGCCAGAAGUAUGUGGAUUCUCAAAGUGAAAGUCUGGAAGAAGCAGAACAUUUAGAUAAUAGCCCUGCUAGUCCUCCUGAAGAAAGUCUGAAAAACCACAAAAUCAGUUUUCUUCAUCAGAAUGUGUUAUGUAACCAGGAACAGGUGGACAAAGUGAAACCAGGAAGUAAAAGUGAACUAAAUUUGGACUCCACCUGUGCCCAACAAAAUGUAGUCCAUUUACAGAAAGCCCCGGAUCAUGAAACAUCUUCCCUGGAGAAAAGGGUAUCUCCCCUAAAUACAGACUCUCAUUUGAAUUCUGACAGCAAGGUGGGAGAUAGUUCUAAUACGUCACUUGAGGUGGAUGAAGGGAUCAGUUUUAAACGGUGCAGUAUUUUAUCUAUGAGCCUUCCCAAGCAGCUUAAAUUAAGUUGCAAUGAACGUUUACCUACUGCCUGUAACCCAGGAUUGUCUAGUCCUCAACUACAAAAGGAAUCUAAAAUAAAAGAUGAAGCUUCCUCAAAAAUUGUCCCCAAAAAACCUCAAAGACACAGUUUGCCUUCUGCAGGGGUGCUUAAAAAGGCUGCUUCAGAGGAGCUUGUGGAGAAAAGUUCUUACCCCUCAAAUGAAGAAAAAACAUCAGGGAAGAUUUUAGAAAGAAAUCACCUUCGGCAUUUGUGUGCCCAGAACCAUGGUAUGUCGUCUUCCUUUGACAUGCCGAAACGGACUUCAGAAAAGCCAGUGUGGAAAUUACCUCAUCCUAUUUUACCCUUUUUAGGGAACCCAGAAUCCUUAAAGUCUGUAGCUGUCUCCUCAGAUGGUGGACCUGCAGCAACCUUGACCAAGCCUCGAGCAAAGUCAUUAUCUGCUGUGGAUGUAGAAAGGUGUACCAAACCAAUCAAAGACUCUCCAAAGAAAAACUCUUUUAAGAAGUUGCUCAAUAUGAAAUUGUCCAUCUGUUUCAUGAAGAGCGACUUCCAGAAAUUUUGGUCCAGGGGCAGCCAACUUGGGGAUACGACCGCAGGCAGCUUUUCAGGUGCAGAGAGAAAAGGGAUGGAGAGUGAUUGGCAUAACCUGCUAGUAGGAGUGGAGAAGAGAAGCAAACCCACCAAGGCGUAUUCUGCAGAUAAUUACAGCAUGGAAUCCCAAAAGAAGAGGAAAAAGUGUCGGGUCCAGACCAGUGCAACUCAUGAACCGAGAGCAGAGUCUUUAGAUGACCAAGUGCUUUCCAGGGACUCUUCAUCUCAGGGGUCUUGCACACCUGUUAUAAGCAGCUCUGCCCCUGAGUAUGAAAAUAUACGUCACUAUGAGGAAAUACCAGAGUAUGAAAACUUGCCCUUUAUUAAAACUCUGGAGUUCGAAUGGCAGAAUUCCAGUAGCGUGGAGGAUGCUGAUGCAAAUGUGUACGAGAUAGAAGAGCCCUAUGAAGCUCCAGUUGGCCUUGGACCCAGACAUCCACAUUCCAGCGGUUCUGGUGCAUCCCAGGAGAGGCAAAAUGAUAUGGACCUUGGUCUUGGUGACCUUCCUUCCGAUGAGGAGGAAGUCCUCAGCAGUUCUGAUGAAGACGAUGCCAGCUCUGGGUCCAGCAAAGGGGAGCCUGACGUGCUGGGAGAGAAACAGGGUGAAGACACGGGAGUGAAGAGUAAAGUUCAUCAUAUUGCGAAGGAGAUUAUGAGUUCAGAAAAAGUGUUUGUGGAUGUGUUAAAACUUCUGCAUAUUGAUUUCCGGGAUGCAGUGGCCCAUGCUUCCAGACAACUUGGCAAGCCCGUAAUUGAGGACCGGGUCCUGAAUCAGAUCCUGUACUACUUGCCUCAGCUCUAUGAGCUCAACAGGGAUCUCCUGAAGGAACUGGAGGAAAGAAUGUCCAACUGGACCGAGCAACAAAGAAUUGCUGACAUCUUUGUGAAGAAGGGACCAUAUCUCAAAAUGUAUUCUACUUACAUCAAAGAAUUCGAUAAGAAUAUAGCUCUGCUGGAUGAACAGUGCAAGAAAAACCCAGGCUUUGCUGCCGUCGUUAGAGAAUUUGAGAUGAGCCCCCGCUGUGCUAAUCUGGCUCUCAAGCACUACCUGCUCAAGCCCGUGCAGAGGAUUCCCCAGUACAAACUGCUGCUGACAGAUUAUUUGAAAAAUCUCUUAGAAGACUCUGGAGAUUACAGGGACACUCAAGGGGCUCUUGCUGUUGUUAUAGAAGUAGCCAACCACGCCAAUGACACCAUGAAGCAAGGGGACAACUUUCAGAAACUUAUGCAAAUUCAGUACAGUUUGAAUGGACACCAUGAAAUAGUACAGCCAGGACGGAUUUUUCUCAAAGAAGGAACUCUGAUGAAGCUCUCUCGGAAAGACAUGCAGCCUCGAAUGUUUUUCUUGUUCAACGAUGCUCUGUUGUAUACAACACCAGUACAGUCGGGGAUGUAUAAACUCAACAACAUGCUCUCGUUGGCGGGAAUGAAGGUCAGAAAACCCACUCAAGAAGCAUAUCAGAACGAACUAAAGAUUGAGAGUGUGGAGCGUUCCUUUAUCCUCUCUGCCAGUUCUGCCUCGGAAAGAGAUGAAUGGCUAGAAGCAAUUUCCAGGUCAAUAGAAGAAUAUGCCAAGAAAAAGACCACCUUCUGUCCCACUCGGAGUCUUGAUGAGGCUGACGCAGAAAAUAAAGAGGAAGUUAGUCCUCUUGGAUCAAAGGCUCCCAUCUGGAUUCCUGAUACCAGAGUGACAAUGUGUAUGAUCUGCACGAGUGAAUUUACGCUGACCUGGAGAAGGCAUCACUGCCGGGCCUGCGGAAAGAUUGUAUGCCAAGCUUGUUCAUCACAUAAGUGUGGCUUAGAUUACCUGAAAAAUCAACCAGCAAGAGUAUGUGAACACUGUUUCCAGGAACUACAAAAACUAGAUCACCAGCACUCUCCUAAGAUCGGAUCUCCUGGAAAUCACAAAUCACCUUCAAGUGCCUUAUCAUCAGUCUUACACAGCAUUCCAUCAGGGAGGAAACAGAAAAAAAUCCCCGCUGCUCUCAAAGAAGUAUCAGCAAACACAGAAGAUUCUUCUAUGAGUGGCUACUUGUACAGAGCAAAGGGCAAUAAAAAACCAUGGAAACAUUUGUGGUUUGUCAUAAAAAAUAAAGUACUAUAUACAUAUGCUGCCAGUGAGGACGUGGCCGCUUUGGAGAGUCAGCCUUUGUUAGGAUUCACUGUCACUCAGGUUAAAGAUGAGAAUUCGGAGCCUAGAGUAUUUCAGUUGCUGCAUAAAAACAUGCUAUUUUAUGUAUUCAAAGCAGAUGAUGCUCACUCAGCUCAAAAGUGGAUAGAAGCAUUUCAAGAAGGCACAGUAUUGUAGCAGUAUUGGUUUCAUCACUUCUAUGAUUCUAAAAGGGUGGAAUUUCAUCAGAACAGCAAAAAUGCAGUACAGAAAUUUUAUAGGAAAUGAACACUGCCGAGAUAAAGUCAUCAGAAAUCUUCACCAAUUUUAAGAAAGUAUUUGGUUAGGUAUAAGGUAAUUGUUUAAUGUUUGUUUUUUUUAUGUAUGUUAUUUAUUAAAAUUUGUUUACUUAAUGGUCAGAAUUAUUUCCCAGACUCACACUGAAUUCUUAAGUUGUCUUUCUUUAGAGAUCAGACUGUAUUAACUGCCUUGACACCGGCUACACUGUUUUCUCAAUGUUUUACAGUCAUACACUAUAACAUUCUCACUAGAAAUACAUCUUUGUAAAUUAAAAAAAACCACUUCAAAGAACAUUCCAAUGCAGUGUUUUCAUGCAGUUCUUGGUUUAGAAAUUAUUAUUGUAAAACUGCUGAUGAAAAAAGUGCAUGUUUUGAAUCAAUAAACUUAGAUGACUUUUUCUUCAAAUGGAAGAACACUUGGCCAAUUUCUACCUCAGUAACUGUGAAAUGAAAUUCUGGUAAACUUUCUAAAACUUUUCUACUAUUAUUUAUCUCUUUUGCCAUGAAAUCCUGUUAGGUUCAUUAGGAAAUUACAAUAAUGGGAUAAAAUCUGAAUUUUUAUUUAAGUGAUUUCAGAGUAGGAAAGAGGAUGUUUUUAUUUGCAGAGUAAUACAAAUAAUCAAUGUUAUGACCUUUGCAUUAUCUUUUUUCUUAAAACUACUAGUUCAACGCAGUAUAUUUUCUUAGACGCAAAACACAGAAAGCAUUAUUACAUUACAUAAUACUCUUAAGAGUUCUGAGCCCAACUUAGAUUGGUACUUAUCUCUAAAAGUGUUACAUUUUCUAUUAUGCUGUGCUUUAAAAAAUAAACUGGAGGGCUGGAGAGAUAGUACUGAAGGCAUGACAUUGCCUUGCAUAUUAGUGAGACCCUGGUUUGAAUCCCUGGCACCACAUAUGAACCCCUGAGCACCAUCAGGGGUCAUUCCUGAGCACAAAGCCAGGAAUAGCCCCUGAACACUGCUAGGUGUGACCUAAAAAAUAAACUGGAAUUAGCCUAUGGAAAGAGAGCACAAAUUCUAAGCCAGUAGUAACUCAAAAUUAUAUGUGUUCAUUUUUAAAGAGUUUAAAAUAUCAUUUUGUACUAUGUUUUCCCGUAAAAGUUUUUUUUUUGGUUAAAAAAAAGCUUUAAUUUUUUUACAAACUAUCAUUGUACCUCAUUAGGAAAGACUUAUAUUCAUAAUUUUGGUGCAUUUAUUAACAUAUGAACUACUUUGUACAUUAAAUUAUUGAUUAGCAGAUAAAAGUGAGAUCAAGAUUGUGAUUGAAGUCAAUCAUGUUUUAAUAUACAUUCAUCAAUUGAGCUUAAACUAAAGUACUACAUUGUUUAUUAAAAGGCUACAAAUUUUUCCUUAUAUAAAGGACUUUCUAAUUCAAUGUGGUAAAUAUGAUUGCCAAAAGAAUCACUGUGUGGGCUGGAGCAGUAGCUCAGCAGGUAGGACGUUUGCCUUGUACGCAGCCGAUCUAGGUUCAAUUCCCAGCAUCCCAUAUGGUUCCCCGAGCACCGCCAGGAGUAAUUCCUGAGUGCAUAAACCAGAAGUAACCCCUGAGCAUCACCAGGUGUGACCCAAAAAGGAAAAAAAAAAUCACUGUGUGCUUUUCUGAAGCUUUUGAACACUAUUUCUUGCUUUUUAGGGAGCACAGCGGGUAGGGCGUUUGCCUUGCACACAGCCAACCAACCCAGGUUCGAUUCCUCCGUCCCUCUCGGAGAGCCUGGCAAGCUACCCGUGGUGUAUUCGAUCUGCCAAAAACAGUAACAACAAUCUCACAAUGGAGAAGUUACUUCUGCCCGCUCCAGCAAAUCAACAACAGUGCUAGAGUGCAGUGCUAGGGAUCAGAUCAGGUGGUUUUCGGUGCAGGGGAGUUGGGGGUGCAGGUUAUCUCCUGCUCUGUACUCAGGGAUUACUCCUGGCAGUGCUCAGGAGACCAUGCAGUCUUGGGAUCAAACCCAGGAAUCCCGCCUGCAAAGGAUGCACUCAGCCUAUUGAGGUCUCUCUAAGGCUCCUAUACGAUCAUUCUGAGCUCUGUGCAACCUCACCAAAAUUCCCAGUCUGCUUCCUGUAGUCUUCCUGUCAGUUGGUUGAGGAAUACUUCUUUACAACUUGGGUGUUUUAGUCAAAUCAGUGCUAAUAGUUUCACUUGUUAAAAUUCUUGCAGUCUCUGAGUCUAAAGUGUCUUCCUGAUGCUUAGGUGGAUCCAGCCUAUUUGGCGUUCUUCCCCUCUCCUCUUGAACUCUCUUUCUUGACUGCAAAGUCUGGAUUCCACCUGAGAAUCUUAAAAACUACCAGGCUUUUCUAUCUUCUUCCAGAGGCUGGCUAAAUAAGAACCAGUUAUAGAUCUAAGUAGAAGAAACAUAAAUUCCUAGUAAUUCUCCUGCUUCCGUGUGAUUGUACUAGCUAUUGUUUUACACCAUGGAAGAUUUCGAAGAAAAUAAAAUAGAAUGCUUUCAGGAAGUUACCAGAUUAUCACCAGUUAUCUCAAAUGGGGAAAGGUUGUAUUAUAUUCCUUUUCUCCUUUAUCUGUCCUUUGUAACUUAAUACAGCUGAUAUAUUAUUUAUUUGGCUCAGUGCCAAUCAAGAACCCUAACUAUAUUCAUUUAGUUGUAAAGCUUUUGUUUUGCUUCGGCGGUGCUGGGGAUAGAACCCAAGACCUCACACACAUGUGAGGCAUGUGUUCUGCUGAGCCACAUUCCCCAGCCUCUGAAGUGACUGAGGGAAAAACAAAAAACAAUCAGUUUGCUCUUUGAGCCUGUGUUCUCCCUUGAACAAGUAUCUUGCUUGCUUGUCUGUUUCUUUUCUUGUUUUCACACUGGAGAAGCGUAUUCAUUCUUGAACAUAUUUCCUCUCUUUCUCUCCUCUCAUAGUUUUCUUUCUUAAAAAAAAUACCUUACUUCACCCAUUAAAAAAUUUUAUAUAUAUGUAUAUAUAUAUAUAUAUAUAUAUAUAUAUAUAUAUAUCCUGGAGGCUUAAGAGACAAUAUAGGGGUUAAGGUGUGUGCCUUGCAUAUGGUUUGCUCACCAUCACUGCCUGGUCCCCUAUGCACUGGUGGGAGUAUCCAGCAACCAUGGAACGUAGAGCCAGGAAUAGCCCUGAGCACUGCAGAGUAUGGUCCCAACCCCUCAUGCCCCUGUCCACCACCACCAAAUCUGGCCGGCCGGAGUUGUGGCUCAAAGUGGUACACAUGCCAUGCAGGUAUGGUAUGGCACAUGCUCCAGCUUCCUCUCCUAGAAGUGCUCCCUCGACCACCCUGACUGCCACUGGGCGUGAUUCCUAUGUUAAUAAACAACAUGUGUGUUAACUAUCAAGAUAGUGAUAUAGGUUUCUAGAGGAAGAAACUAUCACUAAUGUAGAUCCCAGGGAUACUGUGUUGAUUACAUGAAUCCAUGUACUUCCAUCAAACCCCUUACAACCUCCUCCCUCCCCCAUUAAGGAGAGCAAAGACCAAUGAUAAAUGAUGCCAACAUCAUCUAGCCAAGAAAUGGUGGGGAGAGUGGCAUUCUUAGUGAGUGUCCCCAACCAGUGUUCCCCUUUAUCUGUGGCAAUUACAAAGAGACCCACCAGAGUCCUAGGAAAAUGGGGUUAUCUUUGGUAUCAACCUAUAUUUCUCUCUUUAACCUCAUUUCUAUUCCCUGAUGUAACCAGCAUUCUCCUAUUGUCCUCUGUCCAAAAUCCUUCUCCUCUGAAACCCAAAGCUUUAUCUCAAGUGCAUAAUAGCAUUUUUAAAACAUAAGGUUAUCAAAGCAACUCUUGCUAAAUAUGAAGCUCUAAUGAAAGAACUAGUGAAAAACAUUAAUGUGUAGGUAUGUUAACCUGAUGGGUGCUUUAUAUUUAUAUGACAGAAUAUAUCUAGAAAUUGGGAAAGUGCAUAAUCCUAUUUCCUUUAUUAUCCUGAACAAUCCCUGAAGACAGAUACUAUGUCCAGUAGAACAGGUUCUCCAGUAGUGACAUCUAAUUAAAGUACCUACAACCUGGUUUUAUAAUACAUCAUUUUGCUUAAAGUUGCAGUUUCUAAGAAUAUAUACACAAUCCAGAGGACUUUAAAAUGUAUUUGUUUCUCAUAUAAUAUUGACCCAGUCUUCAUUUGCUUGGGGGGCUACCCUGGAAGUACUCAAGGCUUACUCCUGGCAGGGCUCAGAGGACCAUACAGACUGGCAGGGAUCAGGUGCAAGUCAAAUGCCAAAUCUGCAUCCCCACCUUUUUUUUUUUUUUUUUGGUUUGAGGGUAAUACCUGGCAUUGAACCACAUGCCAUGCCAGGGAUCAAACUGAAGUUGGCUGUAUGCAAGGCAAGUACCGUAACCCCCUGUAUUAUGACUCUCCAGCCCUACUCUUUGACUUGUAAGAAAAAAAUAUAUGUUCAGUUGUAUAAUAUGUUCAGUCGAAGAGAAAGGUAAAAUUCUUGUGUAGAUUUCAAACAUCCCCUAAAAUGUCCUUCUUAGAACUUAGAUCUUAAACUCAACUUCCACAAGUUCACACUCAUAACUGCUUGUUGACCAUUACAAGAAACUUUCCUUAGGCAUUUUAUAUUUAAAUCUUUUAGAUGUGUGGGGGGGGGCACACCCUGUGGUCUUCUGGGCUUACUCUUGUCUCUGUCCUCAGGGAUCACUCCUGGUGGGCUCAGGGACCAUAUGCGGUGCCGGGAAUUGAACCUGGGUAUCCUGCCAAAGCAGAUGCCCUGCCCUACCUGCUGUACUAUCGCUCCAGUCCUCCUUAAGCAUUUUCAACUUUGCAUACUAACUUCACUCACUUUCAUUUCUUUCAAAACUGUAUAUUUUCUUCUGUAAGGAAAAAAAUACUUUCCCAGUCGCCAGAAUUUGAAUCCAUGGCUCAACUAAAUUCACCAAUUAUUCUUUAUUUUAUUUUAUUUUAUUUGCUUUCUGGGUCACACUCAGCAAUCAAUGCACAGAGGUUACUCUGGGCUCUGCACUCAGUAAUUACUCCUGGUGGUGCUUGGGGAACCAUAUGGAAUGUUGGUAGGGCAAAGUAAAUGUUAUGCAUAGGCCCUGGCUUAAGUCUCCUCCUUACUUCUCCUGGUUUUCUAAUUCUAGUGCUUUCUGUGCAUGGCUCCGUUGUAAGCACUGCCUGACUGCCUCUAAAGCUUAGCUCUAAUCUCAUUCCUGUUCUUUGGAAGCUUCCUCAUGACCUAGCAUGGAACACUUUUCCAUGUGGUCUGGCAUGGAACACUUUUUCUUUGGGUAACACCUUAAAGUGACCACAGCCUAGUCUUUUUCUAUUCAUACAUCUUCUUCCCCCACCUCCGGCCCGCCAGACACAUACCUAUUUCUGCCCAUUUAAUCCAAGACAUUUCUUUGAUAUAGUAAAUCCUAGGUUUUUCUCUUCUUUAUGUCUCCACAACAGAUCUAGACUCUUCUUCCCAUAGGCUCUGAUAGCUUCUAACUCCUGAAGAAACUUUUAUGGUGCUGUCCUUUCUAUGGUGCUCAUCACAUUCUACCCUUGAGAACAACUGUGUCUUGUUCUUGGGGGCUGCCCUCCUUGCAUUGGGCAGAGUGCCCAGCAAAUAGAGAACACUCAGUAUUUGUGUGAUUGUUACUAUCGGUCCCUUUAAAUUGUUUUAAGUGCCUCCAUAUCCAAGGAUGCUUAGCCCUUACUCCUGGCUCUCCGCUCAGGGAUUGCUCCUGGUUGGCCUUGGGGGACCAUGUUUGGUGUCAAGGAUCAAAUCCGGGUCCACUGUCUCUAAGGCAAGCACCUACCCACUAUACUCUCUCCAGCCCUUGUGUCACUUUUGACAUUAUUUUAUAUGAAAAUCCUAUUUCCCUUUCAAGAAAAAAUCAUUUAUAGUAAAAGAUAGGAUAUUUUUAAAAGGCUUAAAUAUUCUCUUAUGGAGGGCGAGGAGGCAGGGAUAAAGAGUGACUUUCUCAUGAGUUGGUCAUAGCAUGUUAAGAAUCAAUCUUGAAGUACUAUUUUUAAUUACUUACAACGUAUGUCUAGAAGCACUUUUUUACUAAAAGUGGUAAUAGGUUGUAUAUUGUCCAUAUAGAUCCUUUAUAAAUAUUAGUAUUGUAAAAAUGUUUAUAUGUAUGAUAUUUAUACAAAAUAAAUUUGUUGUA